AUGGGUGCCCCUGGCUCCGUGGGUGCCCCGGGUGCAUGGGUGGCCCUGGCUGCGUGGGUGCCCCGGGUGCGUGGGUGCCCCCGGGUGCGUGUGUGCCCCGGGUGCGUGGGUGCCCCUGGCUGCGUGGGUGCCCCGGGUGCAUGGGUGCCCCUGGCUGCGUGGGUGCCCCGGGUGCGUGGGUGCCCUGGCUGCGUGGGUGCCCCGGCUGCGUGGGUGCCCCGGGUGCGUGGGUGCCCCCGGUCGGUCAGCCUGAUCGAGCGUGGGAACCCCUCGCGCAGCCUGGAGCAGGUGUGCCGCUGGGCGCACGCGCAGCAGCGCUCCGACCCCGCGCACGCCGAGCACCACGACCACGCCGUGUUCCUCACCAGGCAGGACUUCGGGCCCGCAGGCUAUGCGCCGGUGACGGGGAUGUGCCACCCGCUGCGCAGCUGCACCCUCAACCACGAGGAUGGCUUCUCCUCAGCCUUUGUUGUUGCCCAUGAGACUGGCCAUGUGCUAGGCAUGGAGCACGACGGGCAGGGCAACCGCUGCGCCGACGAGACCAGCAUGGGGAGCAUCAUGGCGCCGCUGGUGCAGGCUGCCUUCCACCGCUACCACUGGUCCCGCUGCAGCAAGCAGGAGCUCAGCCGCUACCUCCACUCCUACGACUGCCUCUUGGAUGACCCUUUUGAGCACCAGUGGCCUACCUUGCCAGAGCUGCCGGGCAUCAACUACUCCAUGGAUGAGCAGUGCCGCUUCGACUUCGGCGUGGGCUACAAAACGUGCACAGCAUUCCGCACCUUUGACCCCUGCAAGCAGCUGUGGUGCAGCCACCCAGACAACCCUUACUUCUGCAAGACCAAGAAGGGGCCCCCGCUGGAUGGGACCGAGUGCUCUCCAGGCAAGUGGUGCUUCAAGGGUCACUGCAUCUGGAAGACCUCAGAGCAGCCUUACAGCCAGGAUGGCAGCUGGAGCUCCUGGUCCAAGUUUGGCUCGUGCUCCAGGACCUGUGGGGGCGGCGUGCGCUCGCGCAGCCGGAGCUGCGACCACCCACCCCCGGCGUAUGGCGGCCGCCCCUGCCCGGGAGCCACCUACGAGUACCAAGUGUGCAGCACCGAGGAGUGCCCAGGGCCCUUCCAGGACUUCCGUGCCCAGCAGUGCUCCAAGCGCAACUCCUACUACACCCACCAGAGCAGCAAGCACUCCUGGCUGCCCUAUGAGCAUCAUGAUGAUGCUCAGAAGUGUGAGCUGAUCUGCCAGUCUGAGGGGACAGGGGCCGUGGUCUUCAUGAAUCAGGUUGUGCACGACGGUACUCGCUGCAGCUACCGAGACCCCUACAGCGUCUGCGUGCGGGGAGAGUGUGUGCAUGUUGGCUGUGACAAGGAGGUUGGCUCCCUGAAGCAGGAUGACAAAUGUGGGGUCUGCGGGGGGGACAACUCCCACUGCCGGACGGUGAAGGGCACGCUGGCCAAGACCCCCAAGCAGCCAGCAGGUGUUUUGAAGAUGUUUGAGAUUCCAGCUGGGGCAAGGCACCUUCAGAUAGAAGAAAUAGAGCCAGCAUCCCACAGCAUUGCUGUGAAGAAUCAAGCCACAGGUAACUUCAUCCUUAAUGGCAAGGGCAGAGAAGCCAAAAGCCAAGUGUUCAUUGAGAUGGGCUUGGAGUGGGAAUACACAGUUGAACAUGGCAAGGAGAGCCUGAAAACCAGUGGUCCUCUGCAUGAGGCCAUCAGUGUUUUGGUCAUCCCUCAGGAGGAGGAGGUGAGGAGCAGCCUGAUGUACAAGUACAUCAUCCAUGAAGACCUGCUGCCCAUGAUUGGGAACAACAACAUCCUGCUUGAGGAGAUGGAUUCUUAUGAGUGGGCCCUCAAGAGCUGGUCUCAGUGCUCCAAGGCCUGUGGAGGAGGCAUCCAGUACACCAAGUACGGCUGCCGGCGGAGGAGCGACAGCCGCAUGGUGCACAGGAACUUCUGCGACCACAGCAAGAAGCCGAAGCCCAUCCGGCGCCGCUGCAACCCCCAGGAGUGCUCCCAGCCCAUGUGGGUGGCAGAGGAGUGGGGCUCCUGCAGCAGGUCCUGCGGCAAGCUGGGGGUGCAGGCGCGGGCGGUGCAGUGCGUGCAGCGCCUGCGGGACGGCACCAACCGCACCCUGCACACCCGCAACUGCCCCGGGCAGCGCCCCGAGGCCCGGCGGCCCUGCGCCCGCGCCCCCUGCCCCGCACAGUGGAGGACCGGCGCCUGGUCGGAGUGCUCGGCCAGCUGCGGGGAGGGCGUCCAGCAGCGGCAGGUUGUGUGCAAGGGCAGCGAGAGCGGCGGGCGCUGCGAGGGCGACAAGCCGGAGGCCGUCCAGGGCUGCCGCCUGGCCCUGUGUCCCGGGAAGCUCUCUGGCAUCACCACCGGCGCCGAUUCCGAUGACCACAGCACAUCCAAAGGGCAGCAGGUGCCCCAGGAGGGAGCCCCAAACCCUGUCAGCAAGGUCUCCUCCAGGGAGCUUUGCCUGGGGGACAAGUCCAUCUUCUGCCAGAUGGAGGUCCUGGCUCGCUACUGCUCCAUCCCUGGCUACAACAAGCUGUGCUGCGAGUCCUGCGGCAGGAAAGCCUCCUCCGCCUCCGGCUCGCCCCCCACCGCGGGCCCCAGCGCUGCCCCGGCCACCCACGGGCCCAGCCCCUCCCUGCCUCUCUCCCCUGGCCCCACCGUCCCUGCCCGGGGACCCCCCGGGGACCCCACCCCACUGCCCGGGGCCGGAGGGGUUCCUGGCUCCAGGGGGCUGCCGGCCCCCAGCGAGCCGGCCAGGGGCCAAGCCUCCAGGUAA